UCCUGUGCCCCCACCACUGCCCUCCCUGCUGCAUGGGACACGGCGAGCUCUGAGCGGGGCACAGCCCAGGGACAGCCUCGCAACGCUCAGCCCGGGCUCCUUCCUGCUGCGGGGACCCACGGCCACCCCAGCCAGCAAAGCCGGCACCAUGGUGCGCAAUGUGGAUGACUUUGACUUCUGCCUGCCGUCGCACGCGCAGGGCGUGCUGGAGGGGCUGCAGCGGCUGCGUGCCCACCCCAAGCUGUCGGAUGUGACGCUGCUGGCAGGUGGCCGGGAGUUCCCGUGCCACCGCGGGGUGCUGGCGCUCUGCAGCCACUACUUCCACGCCAUGUUCUCCGGGGACUUCGCCGAGAGCAUCGCCGCACGCGUGGAGCUGAAGGAGGUGGACCCCGCAGCGCUGGAGAUGCUGCUGGACUUUGCCUACACGGGGAAGGUGACCGUCAACCAGAGCAACGUGGAGGGGCUGAUGCGCACCUCCAGCCAGCUGCACUUCCCCACCAUCCAGCAGGUGUGCAGCCGCUACCUGCGGCAGCAGAUGGACGCCACCAACUGCCUGGGGAUCUGCGAGUUUGGCGAGAGCCACGGCUGCCCCGAGGUGUCCUCCAAGGCCUGGUCCUUCUUGCAGGAGAACUUUGAGGCUGUUUCUCAGCAGGAGGAGUUCCUCCAGCUCUCCAAGGAGAGGUUGGCCGUCUACCUCUCCAACGAGCAGCUGCAGGUGCAGGAGGAGCAAAGCGUGGCCGAAGCCGUGCUGCGCUGGGUGCGCUACGACCCAGGGCAGAGGGCCCAGUUCCUGCCUGAGCUGCUGGAGCUGGCCCGCCUGGUCUCGCUGCCUGACCACUACCUGCAGAAUCUGCUCGCCACCGAACCCCUUGUCCGUGAUUCAGCUGCCAGCCAGGCCCUGGUGGCCCGUUCCCGUGCUGCGCUUGGUGCCACCGGCACCGUCCCCGCUCCACCAAAGGCAGCUCCACCACAGAAACUGGAGGAGGUGCUGGUGGUGGUGGGCGGCCGCGUGCUGGAGGAGAGCGAGGAUGAGGAGGGGGGGCUGGAAACUCCGGCUGCCCCCAGGAACUUCGCCUUCUACAACCCCAAAACACGGCGGUGGAUGGCUCUGCCUGACUUUCCUGACUACAACAAGUGGGGCUUCUCUCUGGUGGCGCUGAACAAUGACGUCUAUGUCACGGGUGGUUCCCGGGGGUCCCGGAAUGACACGUGGUCAACAACGCAGGCCUGGCGCUUCUGCCCCAAGGACGGUGUCUGGACAGCCAUUGCCUCCAUGCUGCGAGCGCGGACCAACCACACCAGCGCUGUGCUCAACGGAGAGAUCUACGUCCUCGGGGGGACAACAGUGGAAGUGGUGGAGGUGGAGCGCUACGACCCCUACAACCAGAGCUGGGCAGCCAUCAGCCCGGCCCUUAAAUAUGUCAGCAACUUCGCUGCCGCUGGCUGCCUGGGCAAGCUGUACCUGGUGGGCUCCUGCGCCGUCAAAUACAACGCGCUCACCCUGCAGUGCUACAACCCUGUGCGAGAUGCAUGGAGCGUGAUCACGUCCCCAUUCAUCCCCAAGUACCUGUCAGCCCCACGCUGUGCCACGCUGCACGGCCUCAUCUACCUCAUCGGGGACAACACCAAGAAGGUCCAUGUCUACGACCCAGAGGCCAACAUCUGGCAGAAGGUGCAGCUCCUGCACACGCUGCAUGAGAACGGCGGGAUGGUGCCGCUGGGAGAUCGGCUCUUCGUCACCGGUGGCCACUGGAAGGGCAUGGACGGGGAUUACCGGGUGGAGAUGGAGGUGUAUGACUGCGCCAAGGACCGCUGGGUGCGGGAGGGCUCGCUGCCCUGCCUCUGGCUCUUCCACAGCUCCUCCUCCAUCUUCAUGGACACCUCCAAGUGGACUGAGGCUUUCCCAGGGGACCAGGAGUGGUAGCAGAGCUGACAGCAGUGACCCAGGUACCAGCACUCAGCCCCAGCCAGGCAGGGAGCUGCUUGUGUUCCCUCUCUCACCUCACAUCCCUGACCCUACCACAGGCACCAACAUCUCAGUCUUUUUUUUUUUUUUUUUUAAAAUUAAAACAAAGAAAACCAAACCAGAAUGCCUUCCUCACCCUCAGAAAACUCAAAGCUUUUGGGGUAUUUCAAACCUGCUUCCUUUCCCACCAGCCUUCUUUCCCCAUGGCUUUGGGAUCUAGAGGGCCAGGGAAAGCAGGGCAAACCUCCCCAGUGCUGAAGCUGCUCAGUGUCAGCUUCCCCUUGCACAGCAACACAGAGUGCACGUGACCAAGCACCCAAGGGACAUGGUCCCAUAAUGGCAACCCAACCUGGCACUUUGUCAGCCCUUUUCCAGCUCUGAUGCCAACAGCCCCAGGUUGGGCUGAGCAUGAAGCCAUACCUCCUCAGAGGCCAAUGCAGCCUCCAGCACUCUGCUCUUGGGAUGCUGGUAUUGUUCAAUCAAGUUGUUCUAUAGUGCUGUUAUGUUUGACCCAUUAAAAGUGCACAACAAGGA